AUGGCAACUGAUGGGAAAAAUGGCACGCAGUCGCCAUACGAUACGUAUCAGACAUGCUUGACGGCGAGAUACUGCAGCCCCGAAAUGGCACGGCUCUUUAGCCAACGCUCUCGCCACUCGCAAUGGCGCAGGCUUUGGCUGCUGCUCGCAGAGUCCGAGAAGGAGCUUGGCAUCGAUGUCAUCUCCUCGGAAGCCCUCGAGCAGAUGAAGCAACAUCUUGAAGUGACCGACCAAGACUUUGAGGUUGCCCGGGCUGAGGAGAAGAUUCGCCGUCACGACGUCAUGGCUCACGUACACGCCUUUGGAAUGGCCGCGCCUGCCGCGGCCGGUAUUAUCCAUUACGGAGCAACAAGCUGCUUCGUGACGGACAAUGCGGAACUCAUCCUCAUGCGUGAUGCCCUGGACCUUCUCCUCCCAAAACUAGCCAAGGUUGUCUCGAAUCUGUGCAAGCUUGCCAUGGAAUGGAAGAAAACACCCACUCUUGCGUACACGCAUUUGCAGCCAGCUCAAUUGAUCACAGGUAUUCCAACGGCGAGACUCCGUUUCGGAUGCGUUGGCAAGCGGGCAGCUCAAUGGGCCCAAGAUCUUGUUUUCGACCUCGAGAGCAUCGAACACGUCCGCAAUGGGCUGCUGCUUCGAGGCGCACAAGGAACUACGGGAACUCAAGCUUCAUUCCUCGAGAUUUUCAACAACGACGGCUCAAAGUGUGACGAGCUAAACGGACUCCUGUGCAAGAAGACGGGCUUUCCCGCAUGCUAUCAGGUGUCGACCCAAACGUACACGCGCAAGGUCGACCUGCUCGUCGCCAACGCCGUCUGCGGCCUUGGCGCCACGGCGCAAAAGAUUGCCGGAGACAUCCGCCAUCUCGCGUCUUGGCAGGAGGCGGAGGAGCCUUUCGAAGCGACGCAGGUGGGAUCAAGCGCCAUGGCGUUCAAGAGGAACCCGAUGCGUUCGGAGAGAAUCUCCAGCCUUGCCCGAGAGCUCGUGUCGAAGCAGGCAACGACGGCAAACACGCUCGCCGCGCAAUGGAUGGAGCGCUCACUGGACGACAGCGCCGUCCGCCGAAUCGACCUGCCCGAGAUGUUCCUCCUCGCCGACGCCAUCAUCGGCGGUCUGGACAAUGUUACCGACGGCAUGGUCAUUUACCCCCAGGUAAUUGCCUCGCGUGUUCAGGAGCAACUGCCUUUCAUCAUCACGGAAACCAUCAUCAUGAGGCUCGUUGCCAAGGGCGCGUCCAGGCAGGAAGCCCAUGAGGAGAUCCGCCUCUUGUCGCACCAAGCUGCCCGUGUCGUCAAGUGCGAAGGCAAGCCGAAUGAUUUGGUAGACAGGAUCAGGGCUACCAAGUAUUUCCAACCCAUCUGGGCCGAGCUUGACGAUAUGCUUAAACCUGACCUCUACAUCGGCCGAAGCGUUGCCAUUGUGGAACGUUACUGUGGCCCGGAAGGCACGGCGGAGAAGAAGGUCCAGCCAUACCGAGCCGUUUUCGAGAAGUCGUCAACAACGGAGCUUAAUGUCUAA